AUGGAUGUUAAAGAGGGAUUUCGAGGCGAAAUAAGCAUGUCAGAAAAGAGAGUCAGUAAUGGUGUAGAUGUAUUAAUAGCGAUCUCAAGUGAAGAAACCUCAAAUGCCAAUGUGGACAGUAAAACCCCCAAAGUGUCUGCUUCAAAGGACCCGGAAAUUGUUACUCCUAGACAAAGCAGACCAAACUCACCUUUUAGGGAAUCAAGUAAUGGUGGGUUCGCAAAAUCAGUGCCAUUCAGCUCCCCUUCACCAGAGAUUUCGCGGCCUAGCCAGAGCCCGAGAAAGCCGCCCAAAAUCCCUACCGCCAAUGAAAACCUUACUAGAAGGAGGUCACUUGCAAGGUCAGUGUACUCAAAGCCUAAGUCCCGAUUUGGGGAACAGCCAUAUGCUAUUGAUUCUACUGUGUUUGAAGAGAAUGUUUCAACUUUGCAAGAACAGAUUGCCUUGGCUUCUCCUCAAAGGACUUCACUUAAUAAGGGGUCACCUAAUAACAAGUCUGCUUCUAGUAUUAUUACACCUAAAACACCAUUGAUGGCAUCUCCUGGAGGACCAGCAGAUGAUGAGUAUGAGGAAGAGGUUUGGAAGAAAGUUGAAUUGAGUAAACAGAAGCGUAGGAGAGUUGGAGCUAAGGCUGUGAUUGAGUGGGUUGCAUUUUUUUGUAUUUUGGGAUGUUUGAUUGCUAGCUUGACUGUUGAAAAAUUGGAAAAGACUAAGAUUUGGGGCUUGGAGUUUUGGAAAUGGUGUGUUCUUGUCAUGGUGAUAUUUAGUGGCAUGUUGGUUACGAAUUGGUUUAUGCAUUUUAUUGUUUUCUUGAUUGAGACGAAUUUUUUGCUGAGAAAGAAGGUACUUUAUUUUGUCCAUGGUUUGAAGAAGAGUGUUCAAGUGUUUAUUUGGAUAGGUUUGAUUCUUCUUGCAUGGGCAUUUUUAUUCAAUCGUGGAGUUGAACGAUCUAAAACAGCCACAAAGAUUUUAGAUUGCAUAACAGUGACUCUUAUGUCGCUUCUCAUUGGAUCUUUUCUGUGGUUCUUGAAGACUUUAUCGCUAAAGAUUUUAGCAUCUAAUUUCCAUGUUAAUAAAUUCUUUGAUAGAAUUCAAGAAUCUGUCUUUCAUCAGUAUGUUCUGCUAACCCUUUCAGGGCCUCCACUUAUAGAGGAGGCUGAGAGAGUUGGGAGAUCUCCUAGCAUGGGCCAGUUAAGUUUCAGAAGUACCAAAAAGGGAAAAGUAACGAAGGAGAAAAAGGUGAUUGAUAUGGCUAAGGUUCAUAAAAUGAAACAAGGAAAGGUUUCUGCUUGGACGAUGAAGGUUUUGGUUGAUGCGGUAACAAGUUCAGGACUGUCCACAAUCUCCAAUACAUUGGAUGAAAGUUUUGCUGAUAGAGAAGGUGAGCAAUCUGACAAGGAGAUCACAAAUGAGAUGGAAGCGACUGCUGCUGCCUAUCACAUUUUCAGGAAUGUUGCCAAGCCUGGUUGCAAAUACAUUGAUGAGGAGGACCUGUCAAGGUUCAUGAUUAAGGAAGAGGUGGAUCUUGUGUUUCCACUAUUUGAAGGAUCUGAGACUGGACGAAUUGACAGAAAAGCUCUAACAAACUGGGUGGUGAAGGUUUACAAUGGCCGUAAAGCGCUUGCACAUUCCUUAAAUGACACCAAAACAGCUGUUAAACAAUUGGGCAAACUUGUGACAGGGAUCCUGGUUAUUCUGACCAUUAUUAUUUGGCUUCUUAUGAUGGAAAUCGCAACAACAAAAGUACUUGUUUUCCUCUCAUCACAGCUUGUAGCGGCAGCUUUUAUGUUUGGGAGCACCUGCAAGACCAUAUUUGAAUCUAUCAUAUUUGUAUUUGUGAUGCAUCCAUUUGAUGUUGGUGAUCGCUGUGUUGUUGAUGGCGUUCCACUGUUGGUUGAAGAAAUGAACAUCUUAAAUACUGUGUUUUUGAAGCUUGAUAAUGAAAAGAUAUACUAUCCAAAUUCAGUUUUGUCUACCAAGCCUAUUGGCAACUACUUCAGAAGCCCAGAUAUGGGUGAUGGUGUGGAAUUUGCAAUUGAUUUUGCAACACCAGUGGAGAAGAUUGGAUUGCUGAAAGAUAAAAUUAAGAAGCACUUGGAGAAAACUCCUCAUCACUGGCAUCCUAACCACAGUGUUGUGGUGAAGGAAAUUGAGAAUGUGAACAAGUUAAAGAUGGGUCUUUAUUGUACUCACACGAUGAACUUCCAAGAAUAUGGAGAGAAAAACAAGCGGAAGUCGGAACUGGUCAUUGAAAUAAAGAAAAUGUUUGAAGAGUUAAAUAUAAAAUACUACCUCCUGCCCCAGCAAGUUCAUCUCAGCCAUAUUGGGUCUGAAUCAACAAAUGUGGCCAACCAAUGA